GCGUGGUUCCGGGGAGAGUUUGCGGCGGCGAACGCCAUCAUCGACGCGUUGUGCAGUCACCUGUAACAGCUAGAGGGCGGCGGAGGAUCGGAGUACGAUUCGGCGUUCACUGCGAUCCACCGGCGGCGACUGAAUUGGAUCCCGAUUAUACAAAUGCAGAAGUUCUACUUCAUCGCCGAUGUCGCGAUCGAGCUUCGACGAGUGGCUGAGAAGAAAGUGAAAAACAGAGAGGAAGGCGAGGAUGUGAAGAAGAAGAAUAACGAAGAGGAGAAGAGUCGAGGAGUUUCUGAAGUGGAAUCGACGGAGAGCAAUGAAAAUGGCGGUGGUGAGGUGGUGGAUGAAGAUUCGAUGAGACAUGAUUCACCGGAGAGUGAGAUUACUGAUACAUUAUGAUGCUGUUGGAUGGGCACCAAAGGAGUAUAAUCCAGACAAUAAGCAGCCCUCUGGUGGGCAGGAGCCAAGUGGUGGAGAGGUUGCAGGUCUAAGGAUGCUUAUUCAUUACAAUCUGGCUUUGUUUGGGAUGAAGCAUCUGGCUAUUAUUAUGAUGCUUCUUCUGAAUUCUAUUAUGAUGGAAAUACAGGAGCAAUCAAAGGGUAACAUCGUGAACAGAGAAAGGAUGUAUACAAAACACAGGUGUGGUUCUAGGUCAAUCCCUGUUAGAGUAGAAAAACUGAUUGGAUUGGGGUGGCAUUUUUGACGUGGAACAAUGAUCUAAUUUGCAUGAAUGUUUAUUUUUGUUUGAUAAGGAUACACAUACUUUGUGGAGUUGCACUAGUUAUUGUUGGAUUUUUGGUAAAAUUGAACAAGUUAUAACUUUUGGAUAUUUUGUGGAUAUUUCACU